UACCAUCAUCAUCUCACUGGAGUGCUCAAUUUGAAAGUCCUCGACCAGCUCUGUGAUAUCCACAAUUGCGUUACUCGAAACCUCGGAACAGAAAGAAACACAAGGGGGGCGCUUGUCGACAGUCGCCGUCGAUCUUCCGUACCGACAAACUGCCUCAUCAAGAUUCACCGACUAUUUGCCGUCAUAAAUGGGCUCGGUCUGUGAUACGAGGUUCUGGCGUAAUCUGACGGCGGCCCUGCUGCUCUGCUCCUGCCAAUAUGGCCUCCAUGGAUGUCGACCGAUAUCCUGACCUGGUUCUCCCAAACGAAAUCCUGGGGGCAAUCUUUGUUGAACUUGCACCACCUGCUCUCGUGCAUGUAGCAGCUGCCUCUUCCCGUUUCAAAGCGGUCGCUGAGCGAAUUUUAUACUCCUCCAUCAAUAUCCAAGAUCUCGUUUCAUCCCACUCACCUACUCCUUGGAGGACUCUUCGAUGGUGCGAGACAAUCUCCCAGCGUCUCCAGCUCCUCGAUCUAGUCCGCCGCGUCCACAUUCGCUGGCAAACAGAUGCAACUCCGCCCGCUCCACACCAUUUCAUCACCCUUUGCGAGCGACUAGGGGAGGUCCUGCAGUCGUUGACCUUUCUCGAGUCACUCGAACUCUUCCUCGGACCCGCCAACCUUAUCGAUCCACGCCAUCGCGAGCCCAUCCACGCCAUCGAGCGAGUCAUCGGGAAAUGUCAGUUGCCCCACCUCCGCACCUGUUCUCUAGGCGCCGAUUACACCAAAGGCGCUCAACCCUACACACCUAUUCUAUCCCAGUUCCUAAUCAGCCAUCCAUCGCUCCAGCAGCUCAAAAUCCCCGACUUGAACAGCCGCCUGGACAUACUCGACUCCUCCCUUCCUAACCUUACCGCUUUCCGUGGUUCAGCCGACGCUGCGGCGUCACUGCUUCCGGGAAGGCCUGUUCAACAGCUCGCUCUUUUCGGUGACGACUCUUCCGUUAACCGGGAAAACCUUCCCCGGAUAGCAUGCACUUCAAUUCCACUUCGUCACCUCGACUUAUCAGCCAUGUCAGCUCGCCCAAUGUUACUCAAGAAUAUCGCUCUGUAUCUGCCCCAUCUCCAUACAUUCCGGGUGAAGCUGGCGCUCCGACAUACACUUCACUAUGCGUUUACCGGAAUUCGGCUGUUAACCGGAUUAUCCACAGUUCUGAGUUCGUUCGGUGAACUGGUCUUCCUCGACUUGUCUCCGACGGACGUGAAUGGAGUAGGAAGGGCUGACUCCCGAGAAGAACUGGCCCUCUGCCAAGAAUGGCGUCGUGGCUGCCCUACCCUCCGCCGCAUUAUCUUCCCUUCUCAGACUGAAUUCGUUCUAGGCUCAGACCUGACAUGGUCCAUUGUUUCUCGAUGAAAGACUAUUCACCACCUUUGUGAACUAGCAACACCUCUGCUUUUCGAUUUUCCAAUCUCAUUUCGUGUUUAGGGGGUUUGUACUAUCCACUCGCAUUUCAACUACUUCCGUCUGCUUUAUUUGGUUUAGCGGUAAAAUACACUUUCAGAUUAUUCUUUAAUGUACAUGGCGAAAUCUCGCAAAUUCGAUAUAAAAACAGGAUCCAAAGGUAUUAUUAACUAUGGUAGUCAAAUCAAAUAAGCGUCCUUGUCCAGC